AGGCGCCCGUGCCCAAGGCGGUGGAGCCGGAGGCGGAGCUGUCCGAGUACGAGGUCGGGGAGGAGAUGGAGCUGCCCGUGGAGGACCUCCACUUCGGCCUCCCGAGGUGCAAGGUCACCAUGAAGCCCACCAUGCCGACCAUGCUGAAGUGGACGGCGGAGGACUUCGACAAGCAAGAGCGGCUGGAGAUUGCCCGGGUGCACAUCGGCAGCUUCGGCGUGUGGGUGGUGCAGGGGUUGAGCCACAACCGCUCCCUGUACGCCAUGAAGAAGGGCGGCAAGGUGGCCGUGGCGAAGUGCGUCACCGUGGAGCGCGGCCUCCGCUCCCGACGAGGACAACGACACGCCAGACACCUACGGCCCAGACAUCGCGAAGAUCCAGCUCAUCCCCUGAUGGUGCGCGCUCCGGGCCGCAGUCCCAGGCGAGGCCGGAGAGGUGAGCGGCGGCGGCGCCGGAAGAGGAGGCGGAAACGAGUCCUUGCCGCCACGAAG